CUGCCCCUCAGCCGCUGCCGCCGCCACCGUCGCCGCCGACAGCCCAGCUCCGUCGCGUGCGCGACCCGCGGCCGCCAUGCAGUUUAUGUUGCUUUUUAGCCGUCAGGGAAAGCUUCGACUGCAGAAAUGGUAUGUCCCACUGUCAGACAAAGAAAAGAAGAAGAUCACAAGAGAACUUGUUCAAACCGUUUUAGCACGGAAACCUAAAAUGUGCAGCUUCCUUGAGUGGCGAGAUCUGAAGAUUGUUUACAAAAGAUAUGCUAGUCUGUAUUUUUGCUGUGCUAUUGAGGAUCAGGACAAUGAACUAAUUACCCUGGAAAUAAUUCAUCGUUAUGUGGAACUACUUGACAAGUAUUUUGGGAGCGUGUGUGAACUUGAUAUCAUCUUUAACUUUGAGAAGGCUUAUUUUAUUUUGGAUGAGUUUCUUUUGGGGGGAGAAGUUCAAGAAACCUCAAAGAAAAAUGUCCUUAAGGCAAUUGAGCAGGCUGAUCUACUUCAGGAGGAUGCAAAAGAAGCUGAGACCCCACGUAGUGUUCUUGAAGAAAUUGGACUGACAUAACUCUCCUCCUUUGUUGAUGACUCCUUGUGGCAUUUCACAUACUAGAUGGUCACUGCCUUCAUGUCCAUGUUAGCUAAUGGUGUAAGAUGAUGUCUUGUCAGUAUUACUGUUUUGCUAAGCUGCUUCAUUCAGGCCUGCACAAUUUUUUUAAAGGGAACUUUGGUUAAACUAAAUGAUAAAUUAAGGGACUUAAAUAUGAAUUAGAAAGAAGUUAGAAAAGAAUACCAUUUCUGGAUAUUUUAGUUUAUAGGUCAGUUUUUCAUUAUGUGCAUACAUGAAAAUGACACAUCUGUAUAUGUGUAUAUUAAUCUUACAAAAUACAUUACUGUAUUUGAUAAAGGAAUUGCUAAGUUACGGGAAACAUGGUUUUAUGAAACCAAAGAGUAGAGCAGCAUUUCAGUACUUAAAAAGAAUACAAAAGGGAAUUAACAUGUCACAGAUUAAGCAAAUGAAAAAAAUUAUUGAAACUUUAAACAAAAAACCAAAUUUAUACCAAAGACUUCUAUUGGAUACAACAUAAUUUAAAACAAAGGGAAUAUACAUUAUUUCAGAGGACUAACUUGGAAUGAUGCUAUUUUACACAAACAAAAUCAUUAAGUACUCUGAAUGAAUGGGACCAGAAACAAAGACUGAUAAUAGCACAUAAUUUUUAAAGACAAGCAACAUUUGACUCCUGAGAUGAAUUUUUAGUGGUCAUAAUUAAUCAUUUAGUUACUUAGUUGGAUUGUUUUUGAUGCCCCCAAAUAAAGUGGGAAUGUUAAUUUACCAGGAAUUCUUCCUGACAGUAUAUUAUGGAAAUGGGUUACUCAUCACCAAGUCAUUAUCUAAAGCAUGACUGUUCCUGCUGGGGUGCUUAUUAAAGCCAAAUUCACUUUGCUUCCCUAUUGCUUCUUUCCAAUUAGAAGUGCUGCAGACUUUACAGCAGCUUCCUUUCCUGUCAUGAAACCUUUCAUGUAACAAAGUUAGAGUUGAAUGAAGUAAAAUGGCAUUGUUGGCCCUAUAUUUUUUCAAGCUAUAUAAAUGCUCAGCAUCACUUUUAUACAUACUUAAUGCAUAUCUGACUGUGUCUUCAUAGUGUAUAUUUUCACUUGCAUAUGCUGGGCUGGGUUAAGCUUUGUUGUGACUGUGAACAUUCAGGCCACAUGAGCACUGUCUCAACACAUUGCCAAUUAGUUGUAAUAAAUGUUCGACAUACAAA